CUUUCAGUUCCAUUUGACAGAAGCUCUUCCUGUGUCAUGGCGUGCUAUACGUGUAUUUAAAGUUUUUGCGUUUGCCAACGGAAUCUGACAUUUUUCUAAGUUGUUCGUGCUUCGACAUCGACAGUUAAAAUGGGGGAACAGCCAAUUUUCACGUGCAAGGCUCACGUGUUCCACAUCGACCCGAAGACGAAACGUUCGUGGAUCCCGGCCUCGUCGUCCGCCAUCAACGUCUCAUUUUUCUACGACUCGACACGAUCCCUGUACCGAAUCAUCAGCGUCGAAGGCACUAAAGCUGUGAUCAAUAGCACCAUCACACCCAACAUGACGUUUACGAAAACGUCACAGAAGUUUGGCCAGUGGUCGGACGUCCGGGCCAACACCGUCUACGGACUCGGGUUCCCUUCAGAAGCCGAACUCAACAAGUUCAUCGAGAAAUUCCAAGAAGUGAAGGAAGCGACGAAGAACAUCAGCGGCACGUCGCCGGGCAAGACGUCUACCAGCGCUACCAACGGCUCGACGCCGACACCAGCGGCGCCGACUAGUAUGACCAACUCGACCUCGGCCAGCGCCAAUGCCUCGCCCGUCAACAGCCGCUCGGCCAUGGCCACUGUGGGACUGGGCAGUGGAGCCACUCCUACCGCCUUUACUAACGACGAUAAGGAGCCGAUGACCGUCAAACAAGAAUAUCAGACGGAUGGGAGUACAUCGCCCGGCUCCGUAUCGCCAGCUCUCCUCAAGUCGGCCCUAGUGACCCACCAGCGCUCGCAGAGCUUAUCCGGCCUCCAGCCUCCAGCUGAUAGCCCAAAACACCAGCAGAAGAUCGAUAAAAACUCUCCGGGGUCCAGCAACAACGGCGCCGCAGUCGGAGGAGUCGCAGUUGCAGCAUCACUGAGCGGAGUGGGCAGUAGCGCGACCCUACCGUCCCAGGGAUCCCACCUCCCUUUGGGAUCGGUCGAAGCCCAGCUGAAAUACGAAAACGACCGUCUCAAGCUCGCGCUAGCCCAAAGUUCGGCAAAUGCCAAGAAAUGGGAAGUGGAGCUGGCCACGCUGAAAAACAACAAUGCCCGUCUAACCAGCGCUUUACAAGAGUCGACGGCCAACGUCGAAGAAUGGAAACGACAACUGCAGGCCUACAAGGACGAAAAUCAGCGCGUGAAAUCCAAGAUUGUCGAACUGGAGGCCGGACGAGGCCCGCCCAUCACCGGCGAAGGUGGCAACGAUUUGAAGCGAGAGGUGGCCACAUUGCGAUUGAAGAUCGAUUCUCUGGAGACGGAAUUGCGGGCCAAGGACGACGAAAUCCGCCGGCUGAGUAACGAGAUGCGGGAGAUGAGCAUGUCCGUCGAUCGAGUCAAGAUUCUCGAAGAGGAAAGCUCUCGGCUGGAAGCGAAUGGCGAAUCGGUGCGGAGCCAACUGGAUGCCAUGAACGCAGCGCACGACACCCAACGGCGCAUCUUGGAAUCACUCAACGCCCAGCUCGUCGUCAAAGUGAACGACUUGACACACAUCCACCGCGAGAUCCAAACGGCACUAGAAACCUGACCAAGUUGACCCGACGGCCCGCUCGUGCCUCUGCUCGACGAUGGCGGAGGCAAUGAAGAUGACGUUGACGGCCAAAUGGCCGCUCUCAUCUCAGAUCUCACCGGCAUUGAAGCGUUUUCCAAUCUUAAACCGCUAGUGUGGGCCGAAGAACUCGACGAAACUGUCGCAGAACUGCCGGGUCCUCGAAACGAAAUGACAUUUUGAUUUAAUCGUCUAUUGUUUAAUCCAAUUUAUUUUUCUGGCAACUAUUUUAACUGGCGUUCCUUUCAAUUUACAUAUAGGGGGUUUAUUUUUCAUUUCGCUUCUAUUUUUUCGUGCGUGUUCGUCCGUUUUUUUCUUUUAUUUAAUUUUCAACUCUAGGCAGCUUGAAAAGGCAACUAUUUUUAAUUUUUUGGUUAAUCCGGGUUAAUCGCAUUUUUUUUGCAAAUCAUGUCCUCCACUCCACUAAUUCCAAACCCCUUUGAUCGGCGUUGCCGAAAAUGGCCAAUGAUUUAUUCCCAGUACGUUUGCCAAUUUUUCCUACUUUUUCCCCGUACAUAAUUAGUUGGAUUUUCUACAAUUAACAGCCCUCAAUUUUGAUGGUUCCUUUUUUCCUUUUGUAUCUUGUGUGUGUGUGAAUGUAAGGAUGACUUAAAUCAUUUCCAUACUCUGUCUGUGUUCUCUUUGCUGUUCUUCCUUCCUCUUCCUAGCGACUCGUGUUUUUGUCGAAGCGCCGUUUUGUAGAGAAACGGCGACGUGUUUUAUUGGCAUGUUCAAUCGGGCAUUGCUCAACAACGUAACAGCUCUCACACAUUCCCUCUCUCCAGCAUCUACUUUUACUUUUGAUUGACCUUCAAUCGACUUAUUUAUUGACCUUCCUGAUUAAAAAAACAAAAUCAAACGCUUGGGCUUUGCGGUGAAAGCAAAUUUAUAGAAAUUCUUAGUGGACAUUGUAGGGAACCUUUCGAUUAAGGACAAUAACUCUCAAUAAACCAUCACGUAGGAUUUUCAUUGAAAAAAAGAAAGGUCUUUGGAUUCUAUUCGUUUAGAUAUCCUCGGCAAAUUGCCCUUUGCUUUUGUAUUACCUCCAUUCUUCUUCCUUUUGCUUUUUCGUCACUGAUCCUCUUCCAUCUACUGUUGAUUCGUGCGUGUUCGUUAGUGCAAACUCCACCACCCAAAAUUUCCCUGCCCUCCCAAAAAAUGUGUCGAUUGCAUUCGUUCCUGCAGCUCCGUGUCAUCCUAAUCCCCUCCCCCUCAAUAUGCUUUAUAUUAAUUAAUUCAUUAUUAUACUGUGUUGUACCUUUUUUUUUCAGUUUUUCGUUGUCGGCCUCGGGACCGCUAUCAUUCUCUCGAGACCUACCGCUAGGUGGCUCUGUGUGGCUUCCGAGCGGAAAUUCGAUGCCAACUCCAUGGAAAUUAUUAUAAUGAUUUAAACAAAAUAAAAAAAUAAAAAUAAACUAAACAACCAAACAACUAACCGAAACAAUAGUCGAGCGGAAUGGUGUGAAACGAGGCAAGUGGUCCAUGAAACUUUUUUUUCUUUCCCCCUUUUUGUCAUCUUCUCGACAGGCAUAGAGCAUGAUGAUGAUGAUGAUGAUGUUGUCGUUGUUGUUGUUUUCCAAGGAUUAUUAAUCACGACAUAACGAUGUCUUCUUCCUCUUGUGUGGUGGGUGCUAUGUCUCAUGCUUGGGUCUUUUUGCUACACGCUUCUGUGGACACUCCACCACAUCUACUUCCAUCUUGUUCUUUAUUUGACAAUGACGCUGCUUAACUCUUCUUUUUCUCUCUCGCAAACAACCGCUCGCUUAGAUUGGCCUCGCAGUUUUUGCCUCUUGCUCUAGGAUUCUAGUCUAAUAUAUAGUCUCUUUUUUCUUCAUUUGUCGUGGGGAUCUUGCGCUUGGCUGGGAGACGGGCGGGGGCGAUCCAUACAAAGUGCAGAAGAAGAGAAGCAAAACAUUUUACUCGGCUAACUCCAGGUUUUUUCUUUCCUUACUUUUCUUUUCGCCUUUCACUCUUGUUGCCACCGUCGUCUCAAUUUCGUCCUAUUUUCUCCUAUGGCUAACAAUCCUUCAGAAAGAAGUCGUGCGUGAAAUCGUAAAUGAAUCAUGUGCAAUGACAAACCACCAGCCAGAGCGAAAAAUAAUCACCGUCAGAAUGUCGACGAAGUGCAACAUAUUUUCCAGCGAUUCAAUUUUGUGCCAUUGUGUGUGUACUAUAAACGUUCGUGUGCUAAGUGUUUUUGUACGAUGCAAAGCCACGACAGUUGCUAAAAACAAAGAGAAAUUGCAAACA